GUUGUCCAAAUCCAUUUGUAAAACAAAAGAACUUUUCAAACCUUGCAAGCCACCGGAACUCUCCAGAGAGUCGACCAGCCAACCUUCUUAAACCCCAUGGGCCAUGAUGGUUCCCAUCAACCAUUCAAACUCCAAACGCAGCUGAUCACCACCAGCAUUUAAAUUUCCCUCCUCGUCCUCGCCGCACUCUGUAUCCCCGAUUGUCCGUCGGAGCUCCUCGCAGCCGCCGUAGCCAUGGGCACCCUCGUCGGCCACGUCGCGCCGGGCGCCGGCUUCCUCCUCAUCGGCCUGUGGCAGCUGUUCAACCACAUCCGGCUCUUCGUGCUGCGGCCCGGCUCCUACGUCGCGCCGCUCUGGUUCCCCGCGCGCGGCGUCCGCCACCUCGAGCUCAUCCUCAUCAUCGCCGGCACGUCGGCGUCCAUCCUGAUGGAGCUCGUCAUCGGCCCCGCGAAGCACCAGCCGUUCGACGACGACGGCACCAUCCCGUCCGACCACCUCCACAACUUCGAGCACGCGUCCAUCUCGCUCGCGCUGCUCGCGUUCGCCGCGGUCACCAUCCACAUGGACAGGGUCCGGGCGCCCAUGCGGGACGCCGUGUCGCAGCUGGUCGCCGCCGCGGCGUUCGCGCAGGAGCUGCUGGUCUUCCACCUCCACUCCACGGACCACAUGGGCGUGGAGGGGCAGUUCCACUGGCUGCUGCAGACCGUCAUCGCCGUCACGCUGGCCACCACGCUGCUGGGCAUCCCGUACCCGCGGAGCUUCGUGGUGAGCCUGGUCAGGUCGGCGAGCCUCGUGCUCCAGGGCGUGUGGUUGAUUGUCAUGGGCGUCAUGCUCUGGACGCCGGGGCUCGUCUCCAAGGGGUGCUUCCUCAAUCACGAGGACGGCCACGACGUGGUCCGGUGCCGCACCGACGAGGCGCUCCACCGCGCCAAGGCGCUGGUCAACCUGCAGUUCAGCUGGUACCUGACGGGCACCAUGGUGUUCGUCGUCGUGUUCUACCUCCAGAUCAGCAGACUGUAUUCCGAGGAGCCGCAGUACUUGCCGCUGGUCAAGGGGGGCCACGCCGGUGGCCGGUUCAGCAUCGGGGACGAUCACGAGGACGAUGACGACGAGGAUGACCUGGAGGCCGAAAAGCGUGGCUACGGAGACGUGGUCAGCGGUGGCAUAAAACCCAUGGAGGUAGAGAGGUAAACCCAUGGAGUAUGAACGAAGGGAACGGUCAAGAUGCAGGGUCGUGUGUUACAGUGGAUAUACAUGUUCGGUAGGAUUGGUGUGCUGUAGAUUGUAUAGUUUUUUCACUUUUGUGGAUUUGGGUUCACCGAGUGAGCUGACCCGUAAAUGCGGGUGAAGUUCGUGUUUGGUCACUUCAAUUUGUUUGUUUAGCCUGGUUUGCUGUUCUGAUCAUCAUAGUACAAUGGAUUCAGGGCUGGCCUGUAGA